UCUUCCUUAUGCGCAAUGAUCUCGCUCAGCGAUUGCUACGCCGCGAAUAGUGGACUUUGUUACUACCUAAUGAAAGCUGACAACCUGCGACCCGAUGCGCUUCGGAGAAUUCUCGCUGAUGAACUGGACGCAGACUCCGCGUUUCUCGAGGCAUGGACUGAGGCGGGUGAGUUUUAUGGGAAAACGCAGGAUCCGCACUCACCGCUGUGGAAUUUUAUGCCUAAGGAGAACUACCUGGCAAUCAUCUCCUACACGCUGGACAGGCCGAACAUCUGCUUGAGGUUUAACGCUGCCUGCCGUAACGCUCGGCCGACAGACCAAAGCUGGCGUGCGUUUGGUUUCAAGAGCCUCUGGUGCCUGCUGGUUGAGGCAUUUCGUCGCCUUCCACCCUUUUAUUAUGUUCCCCAUGAGUUGUACCGGGGUGUUUCCGAUUUCUGCGGCUCUGACCUAGCGCCACUGCCGUUCCCACACUUCGUGUCGGCCAGCGUGUGCGACUACCAAGCCUCGAAGUUCGGUUGGCGAGGGCAUCUCCUCGCGCUUCUCCAUGUGCCUCCCGAGUUCGUGAGGGACAUCAGUCCGUACUCUAUCUACCCACACCACGCCGAAGUACUCAUUUGGCCGUUGUGCAGUUUCACGCACAUGACUAAUGGCCGUGACUACUGUCAGUACUUCCAUUUCCGUGGCGCCUUUCCCUUGUGCAAUCCUUGUGUACCCGAACCUUGGCAGCCCUGCAGGAGAAACAGGCCAGUGCCCUGGAUGGGCGCAUGGGGAAGACCGCGCACACCGUUGGCCACGAUGCAACAGUUCUGUUUGGUUAUUGCCGGUGCAGCCGGUGUAGCUCCCGCACAGCCAGACGCCGAUUGUCCGCGCGCAGUCGUCCUCGCCGAAUACAGUCGUGCAGAGGUCAGGAAGACGAGUGAGAAAAGGUUGGCUGAAUUAAAAAAGGAAGAAGGCAAUGAACUGUAUGGUCUUCAGAAAUAUGAUGAAGCAGUCAAGCGUUACACAGAAGCUAUUGAACUGGAUGGGAGCAACGUGGCCUACUACUCUAAUCGAGCAGCUUGUUACAUGAUGCUGGGGAACCACAGGGCUGCCCUGGAUGACUGCCACCAAGCUCUGCUGAGAGACCCACACAACGCGAAGAGCUUGCUGCGCGAAGCCAAGUGCUACGUCGCAUUAGGGGACCCUGCUGCCGCAAUGCGAAGCCUUCACUUGCUGCGCGAUCUGGAUCCCCAGAAUCCCGCUCUCCCUCGUGAGCUGAAAAGUGCAGAGAUCCUGCAGCACUUCCUGGAUGAAGGUGAUAAGGCCUAUGAAGCACAGAACUAUGAAAAGGUAAUCUACUGCAUGGAUCGUGCAUUGCAGCAAGCCGUGUCCUGUUCCAAAAUUGAAGUGCUCAGAGCAGAGAGUCUCGCCCUCUUGAAGCGAUUGCCUGAUGCACGCCAGAUUGCCAACAACAUUAUGCGUGCUGAACCCACAAACGCAGAUGCCAUGUAUGUAAGAGGUUUGUGCUUCUACUAUGAGGACAAUAUUGAGAAAGCUCUCCAACACUUCCAGCAAGUUUUGAGACUAGCACCAGACCAUCCCAAGGCGUCUGCAGCAUACAAGAAAGCACGUCUACUAAAGUCAAAGAAGGAUGAAGGCAACGAGGCAUUUAACAAAGGGAACUUCCAAGAGGCAUUUAACGUCUACACAAGUGCUUUAGAAGUGGACCCAAACAACAAACUUGCAAAUUCAAAAUUGUACUUCAACCGUGCCACUGUCUGCUCAAAGAUUAACAAGCUCAACCAAACAGUUGAAGACUGCACUACUGCGAUAUCUCUGAAUGAGGAUUACCUGAAGGCUUACUUGAGGCGGGCCAAAACCUACAUGGAUCUGGAAAUGUAUGAAGAGGCUGUGCGGGACUACGAGCGUAUCUUGCGGAAAGACCAUACUCGAGAAAACAAACGACUGCUAGAUCAGGCAAAAUUAGAGCUGAAGAAGAGCAAGCGCAAGGACUACUACAAGGUUCUUGGAAUCCCAAAGGAUGCAACUGUCGAUGACAUCAAAAAGGCCUACAGGAAGCGUGCCCUCCUACACCACCCUGAUCGACAUUCCAAUGCUUCUGAGGACAUGAAGCGGGAACAAGAGAAAAAGUUCAAAGAGCUUGGUGAGGCCUACAACAUUCUCUCUGACCCCAAGAAGCGCAUGCGUUAUGAUGAAGGCCGCGAUUUGGAAGACAUGGACAGCUUUUCUUCAGAUGCCAGCCCGCAUGUUUUUAGGACAUUCUUCGAAGCCCCUGGAUUCUUCUCCACCGGUGGUAGUUCCUUCCAACAUGAUGCAGGGUUUGGCUUUCCAGGAGGCUUCAGUUUUCAGUUUGGAUAAAUCUGAAAUUUUACUGCCAAGUGUGUCUGUUCAUAUUAUUAUAUAAAUUUACAGAAUAAACUGUCUUCAGUCUUCAUGCAUACAAUACUGUUAGAUGCUAAGCAAUUUCUUGCCCUUUCUUUAAUUCAUGCACAGUCAUCUUUGCAGUAAAUGACAAUGUUCAUAAAUGGUGCAUGACGGUUUUGUGUGAAUGUCUUCAUUAGUUUUCAGACUCAUUCAGAUCAGUUGCCAACAGUCAAUAAAAGCAUUCCAUCAGUGCA